GAACAAAUGUGUUAUCUCUAACUUCUGGCUACAGAAAAUUUAUGGUUGUAAUGACUCUGGUCUAUCUUUUCUGCAGCUCGCCCAGUUCACAAUAGGAGAAAAUGGUCCUCCUCUUUGAUAUCAAUUUAACUCCUCCCCAAGAGCAGGAUGAUGCAGGGAGGGAUCUGGAUCUCGACUUCAGUCCGCAUACUCCAGAACAUGCUGCUCAGCUAGGACAUGUUCCAGAAGAAGAACAGCAAGAACAAGAACAUGUUGCGGAGCCAGAACAGAUUCUAGAAGAAGAACAAGAACAUGCUGCGGAGCCAGAACAGAUUCUAGAAGAAGAACAAGAACAUGGUGUGCAGAGGCACCAUAAAGAUAUGCCGGAGAGUUAUAAAUUUGCUGCAUAUAUUGCAUUGAAAGCUCUAGGCAAUGAUAGACCCGUGGUGAAGGCGGAUAAAGAAAUUGUCGCUCAACUUUUGGGAAUAAGUCUUAGAUCUGUUGAGAAGACAUGGAAGAAGGCCAUAGAUCAAGAGGACAGAAAUGAAGUGCUUGAUUUCUCAAACAAGCGAAAAGGAAGGUGCGGAAGAAAGAGGAGAGAGCUUAAUCUCGCCGAAAGGGUGCCUAAAGUUCCACUAAACAAAAGGGGUACAUUGAGGGCGCUAGCAAGGUCCCUUGAUGUCCCUUUCUCGACACUACAAAGAAGGUUGGCAUGGGGCGAUUUAAGGCGCCAUACUAAUAGUCUGAAGCCAUAUCUAUCUUUGGAAAACAGACUUAGAAGACUUCUAUAUUGCAUCUCAAUGAUAGAUGAACCAUCAAUAACAGAUGCAAAGCUUAUCUUCAAAAUGAUGGGGAGCAUAAUGCAUAUGGAUGAAAAAUGGUUUGAUAUGACAAAGCGUAAUCGAACAUAUUACCUAACUCCAGAAGAACCGGAUCCAGUUCGCACAAUCCAUAACCAUAACAACAUCGGUAAGGUGAUGUUCCUAACUCUGGUUGCAAGACCAAGAUUUGAUGCACAAGGUAAUAUGACAUUUGACGGAAAGGUCGGAAUUUGGGCUUUUGUCAUAGAGGAUGUGGCCAAGUACAACUCAAAGUAUCAGACAAAAGGCGAUUUGAUGCUAAAGAAUCUCAAUGUUACUAGAGACGUGAUGCGGGAAUACCUCUGUGAGAAGGUAAUUCCAGCAAUUGUUGAAGUAUGGCCCGACGAUGGAGACGUGGGAACCAUAUGGAUACAACAGGACAAUGCAAGAACACAUGUUCUGCCUGAUGAUCCCAUUUUUCAAGCCGCCGUAAAAGCUUCAGGAUUGGAUAUUAGGUUGACUUUUCAACCUCCUAACUCCCCGGAUGUGAAUGUUCUGGAUCUCUGCUUCUUCAGUUCAAUCCAAUCCUUGGCAUUUGAGAGUGCACCUAAUAGUCUCAAAGAACUGAUAGAAUCAGUAGAACAAGCUUAUGAUGCAUAUGACGUGAAUACACUUGCCAAAGUGUAUGUCACCUUGCAGUCUGUCCUUGUGCAGAUUAUGAAAAACCAGGGUGGAAAUACAUACAAGCUAAUUCACAUGGGCAAGGACAAAAUGAUAAAAGAGGGAAACUUGCCUGACACACUAGAGGUUGAUAGUGAACUAUAUGAAGAAACCUUAAAGUUGAUAGAGGAAUAUGAGAAGCAACUAAAGGAGGAAGAGGAGAAAAAGAUCAAGGCUACACAAGCAAAGAAAGCAUCAAUGAGAAAAGGAAGAUCCCAAUUAAUUGUGGACGAUGACACUAUUAUCGCAGCAAAAGAAUAUAGCACAUGGUUGAAGGACCCAUCAAGCGUUAGCCGUCCAUGGCGUCGAGUCAAGACUAAACUUGACCUCAUCCGGGAAACACAAAUAGGCGAUUUUGAAGCUGCAAUACAGCCAAGCAUAGAAGAAGAGAAGCCUAAGCAGGAGAAGAGAAAGGGAAAACAACCAAUAAUAGAAGAAGAGAAGCCUAAGGAGAAGAAGAGGAUCAAGAGCAAACAAAUGUAAAGUACAAGCAUGGUAUAUUGCAACAAAUUGUAAAGGUGAAAGAUGGUCGUAAUUGUGUUGGCUGUAAAGUAUAAAGUAUAAGCAUGGAGUAUAUAAUUGGUCGACCAAGGAUAAGCUCGGCUAAGGAUGGCACAAACAAACAGCUAGUCCUCCUAAAAUAGCUAGCAUGAGUAGCUUGUUUAGUACAUGUAAUAGCUUGUUUAGUACAUUGAACAAGGUGAAAGAUGGCUGAAACAAGGUGGAGUAUAUAAUUGUGUUGGCUGUAAUUGUUUGAACAUUAUACGUGUAACCCAAAUCAGUAGGCAAGGAAAGAACUAGCAAUGGCAACACAAUGCCUGUCCAAACAAAAAUCAAACAGUGUAAUACACACUUCUAAACUGAGUAGUUAUCCAGCAGGAGUCGAUGGAUUGUCAAGUAUUAAAAGCGUACUAUGAUACAUUUGGUGGACAAAUAAAGGGAAUUUCAUUAAUAACAAGUAGCUGCAUAAUGAUGAUGGCAAGAGUUGUUACCAAAUGCCCAUAUUAAAUCUGAUGCUGUUUCAAACA